UUUCUGUCACUGUGUCCUUCAGAACUGAAUGAAGUAUUUCCUUCAAUACAAGAGCUUUGUAACAUAGGCUCAGUUUUACAUUAUACAUAAGUGAUUAAAGAGAGCAUCUGCUUGGGGAAUGGGAAAUGACCUAGAGGCCUUACAGAUACAUUUGUGCUUUUGUCACUCUAAUCUGCAUCCGCGGAGAACAGCGAGAUCUGGGAGCGAACCUGUUUCCGUGGUGAGUGAUAUCUACCUCAGCCAGCAGACAGGAGGGAACCAGGAAGCUGCUGGAGCUUUCAGACAAGCAGACAGAGCUAUCAGCUGGCCACUUGCUCACUGCCUGCAGAGCCCUGCUUCAUGAAGAGGAUUGGAGACGGACUGGAUCUGUCUACCCCUUGCUUCAGCUCCUCUACUAGCCUGUGCACAAGGAAAGCCCAAACCACAUCCUCUGAUUCCAGCAUUUACUUGUUUUUCUUUUGUUUUAUUGCUGUACUCUUUCCUCCAUGCUGUUGACCAGUGUCUAAUUUUGCUUGGAUUCAUUUUUCUCUCUCAGCUUUUAAAAGGAUUUUCUACUUUUAUUAGUGCAGGCCGGUAUAGGUAUCUAUAUGUACAUACACUUGUGUAUAUACUAUAUAUACUGUACGAAGAAGGAUUUUUCUCCCAUACUGAAGCAAAGUUAAUGCACUUUAAACCCCGGCUGUAGAAUCACUUUGAGUAUAUUAAGGAGUGUUUUUGACUUUCUUCCCCUGAUAUGACCAUUUUGUUUGAAGCUGGAAGCAGUAAAUCUGGAGGUGUGUUAGUGCUGUUUUUAAGCUGAGCCUGACGUAUCUGCAGCAGGGCUGCAUGCAAGCAUUUCACUCAGCCUGCCAGCUUUUUUGAUCGCUCUCCAAACCUCACCCAACUCUGUGCUGCCACUCCACAAGGCGCACUAAGAUGAGCCUCUGGCAGGUUAAAGCCUUGGGCUGUCUUUUUACAUAAACUUAAACGAUUUCAGGACAGUUGUUUUUGGUGUUUUUUGUAAAGACGACAAGAGCACUCUGUGUGGAAAACAAACUAAAAACAGCUUCCGGUGCUGUUGCACCACAUAUGUAUUGUUGUAGUGCACAGGAAAGUAAAAUGGACUACAAGCGUCGCUUUUUGCUCGGCGGGUCCAAGCAGAAAGUGCAACAGCACCAGCAGUACCAGAUGCCUGAGCUGAGCCGGACGCUGAGCGCUUCCCUGGCCUCCUCUUGCUCAGCCUCUUCACCCAUCGGCACUGGGGUGGUCAUGCCUGGCAGCUGCCACCCACCUCCUUCUGGUGCCACCACCGCGGUUGCAGAUAUCCAGCAAGGCAUCUCCAAAUAUUUGGAUGCCCUCAACGUGUUCUGCCGGGCCAGCGCCUUCCUCACAGACCUGUUCAGCAGCGUGUUCAGGAACUCUCACUAUUCCAAAGCAGCUAUGCAACUGAAGGACGUGCAGGAACACGUCAUGGAGGCGGCCAGCAGGCUGACUGCAGCAAUAAAGCCUGAGAUCGCUAAGAUGCUGAUGGAGCUGAGCGCCGGGGCCGCCAACUUCAAAGACCAGAACGACUUCAGCCUGCAGGAUGUUGAGGUGCUGGGUCGGUGCUUCCUCACGGUGAUGCAGGUCCAUUUCCAGUUUCUGUCACAGGCUCUGCAGAAGGUCCAGCCCGUGGCCCAGUCCUGCCUGGCUGAGGCUCUCGCCCAGGCCCAGGAGCGCUGUGCCAACGCCCGCUCCCAAAGCUCUGAUCUGGGGCCUCUCACGGAGCUGGAGGAAGCUUCCCGCUCAUGGAAGGGUGCAGCUCAGGCCAUGGCGAGGCUGAGAGAGAGGGGUCGUGACGGCUGCCUGGCAGGCAUCCAGGUUCAGCAGCUCUUCUGCUCCAACAACACCUCCAUCCCCGAGCAUCAGCUGAAGGAGCUCAACAUGAAGAUUGACAAUGCUUUACAGGCCUACAAAGCAGCUCUGGAGAGCCUGGGCCAUAGUGAAUAUGCGCUCAAGGCCGGCUUUCAUUUUAACCCCAAAGCUGUGGAGGCAGCCUUACAGAGCUGCUGCAGUGAGGCAGAGGCCCAGCAGGCAGGCAGGAUGCAGACCACCUCCCAGCCCAUCCAGUGCGAGCUGCCCACCAUCCCUGUACAGAUCGGCUCACAUUUCCUCAAAGGAGUUUCCUUCAACGAGUCAGCGGCUGAUAACCUUAAACUGAAAACGCACACGAUGCUGCAACUCAUUAAGGAGGCGCUGGGCCAGAACGGAGUGACCUCCAGGGAGGACUCUCCUGUCACCGAGGUCCUCAACCAAGUCUGCCCAUCCAGCUGGAGAGGAGCCUGCAAGACGGCCGUCCAGCUGUUGUUUGCCCAGGCUGGUCUGGUGGUUGUUGAUACAGCUCAGAUUGAGAACAAGGAGGCCUACGCUCCCCAGAUCACUCUCGAGGGCUCUAAGGUGCUGGUCCAGGUUCCCUCUACAUGGUGUCUGAAGGAGGACCCAGCCACUAUGUCCCUGCUUCAGAGAAGUUUGGACCCGGAGAAAACCCUCGGUCUAGUAGACGUACUCUACACAGCAGUAUUUGACAUCAACAAGUGGAAGGAGAGAAGAGAGCAGGCCCUACCCACUAUUCAGAUUCAGCUGCAGCGGGAGAGCCCAGACUAUGGCAGCCAGGCAGACCUGCCCCCAGGCACCAGCUCCAAGACCUCUGGUGGACUGCCUAAAACAAUAUCCAAGCUGACUUCCAAGUUUACCAAGAAGGUCUCAUCCAGCUCUAAUAGUGGUGGUAGUUACUCCAUCCCAAGCACCCCAUCUCGCAGCAUGCUAACAAGCAGCAGCUCUGAGGAAAAGGCCAAGAGCCUGAGUCAUAGUGACGGGAGGAUCCAGAGCAUCCUGCAGAUGGGCAGUCUGUCCUGCACCCCGGACUCUCCACAGCAAAGCCAGCUGGCCAACGGUUUAGUGUCAGACGAUCAGGGGAUGAACCUACCCACUGACCAGGAGAUGCAGGACGUAAUCGACUUUCUCUCAGGUUUCAACAUGGGAAAAUCCCAGCAGGCUUCGCCCCUGGUCAUGAGGAGGAACUCUGUGGCGUCUGCAAACCCUGCCGAACUGAAGCCCCCAAGUGGACCUCCACCGACUUCCCAAUCUAUCUCUCACAAUGCCCUGCAGCCGCCGGCUCAGACUCUGCCCAAGCCCCAGCCUCAGCCUCCACCAUCAGUGCAGAAACAGCAGCCUCAGCCACAACCUCAGCCGCCGCCUCCUCCUCCCCAACAACAACAGCCCCAGCAGCAGCAGCAGCCCCCUCCUCCGCCACCCCAGCAGCCCUCCCCACAGGCCCUGCAGUACUACCAGCACCUCCUGCAGCCUAUUAGCCAGCAACAGCCUCCUCCUCCUCAGCUUCCUCCUCAGCAGUCCCCACCCCAGGUCCUCCCACAGCAAAGAGUGGCGGCCAAGUGGCUCAGCACCUCUGGGCAGCAGCCUCCGCCACAGGGGCCCCCCGCAGGGCUGUCACCCCUGGGUCCAAUCGGGCAGUGGGGCUCUCCUGGACUGCCAGAUCUUAGCUCAGAUCUGUACAGUCUGGGCCUGGUCAGCACCUACAUGGACAGCGUGAUGUCAGAGAUGCUGGGCCAGAAGCCGCAGGGGCCCCGCAACAACACGUGGCCCAACAGGGACCAGAGUGAAGGAGUGUUUGGAGUUCUGGGAGACACGCUGCCCUUUGACCCUGCAGUCGGCUCUGAUCCGGAGUUUGCACGUUACGUCGCCGGCGUCAGUCAGGCCAUGCAGCAGAAACGACAGGUGCAGCACAUCCGUCGCCCAAGCAACCCACGCAGCAACUGGCCAAUGCCUGAUGAGCAGCACAGGACCUGGUCCCACCCAGAGUACUACAGUGAGGGGGAUGCUGUUAACAGCAGCUGGUCAGCCAAUCAGGGUGACUCGGCCAGUUCCAGCGACGAGACAUCUUCAGCCAACGGCGACAGUCUGUUCUCCAUGUUUUCUGGGCCUGACCUUGUAGCUGCAGUUAAACAAAGGAGAAAACACAGCUGUGGUGAGCCAGAGGUGUGCACUCUGCCCUCCCCACCACUCCAUCACAUAAACGAUGAUAACCAAGACAGCAAAACUAAAACCUGGCCUCCGAAAGCACCAUGGCAGCACUCCACCCACACCCACACCCACACCAACACCAUGCCUAAUCCCAGCUCUUCCUUAUACCAGAUGAACAUCCCUCCCUCCUCCCAGUGGAGUGACUCCAUGCAGAUGCUGCAGUCUCCCGUUUGGUCCACUGCCAGCGACUGCUCCCCCUCCACCGGCAUCUCCCCUGGCUUUCCCUCCUUCACCCAGCAGCAGCAGCAGCAGCAGCAGCAGCAGCAGCAGCAGCAACAACACAAACCCAUGACCAAGGGCUUUAAAUCCUUCCCCCUCAAACACGAGCACAGGCCCUCCUACCUUCACCAGUACUGAUCACAGUCUACUGACAGUGAAGUGCCACAGAGGGCCUGCAGCUCUGUGAGACGAGUGGGCUGAGCAGCAGCCGUCACUGUCCACACCAACUCAAUUUAAGAUUUCUAGGCUGCAGAUAAAGGCAAAAUUAAAGUUAACACACUGGCUCAACAUUUUUCUAACUAUAUUUUUCCAUGUCAAACAUCCCACAUUUGGAAAAGAGAAGUAUUUUGAAGUCUUUUGAACUGCCAUGUUUUAACUAUGAGAGAGGUGCAUGUGUCAUGCUGGCAGCGGUUAGUCUGUUUGUUGAGCUGACGUCUCCUCAGACGAGAGCCGGAGAUGUGUACAGCCGUCACCCACUUGCUUCUGCAGCUAAAUGUGUGUGUGUGUAUGUGUGUGUAUAGAGAAGCAGAUUACAAGGGGGCAGAGGCUUGUAAAUGCUCUCAUUUUGCCCAUAAUAAAUAUACUGUGUCUACAUAGCUGUAACUGCCAAAUCUCACGCAAGAUGACUCAGAGUACAGCUACCAUCUACUGUUUCAUAGCUUGUAAAAUACUGAAGUUGAAAUAUAAAUAUUUAGUUCUUUUUUUAAGAGGCUUUGAGCAGGCUCAGCAAAAAUAUAGUAAGUCACUGCAGAGGUGUCAUUUGAGAGAAACACACUACUUUUUCAACAACUGACCAGAGUUUAGAGUUAUAGCAGUAACAAUGUGCCAUGUUGGUAUUGAUAGCACUUGCAGAAUAUUAUUUCCAACCAAAGCGUUGUUCAGAAGAUGAAUGGUGCUGAAAGAGAUGAGAGGCUGUGUGAGAUUCAAGAGAAAUGGUGAUGUUACACGCCCUACUGGAUGAGAGCAUUAGGGAACAUUUUCACAUCCAUUCUUUUUCUCCUCCUCUCUAAUUGGCGGUUGUUUGACACUAACUCCUGUAACCCUAACUUCUUUUCUGUUUGAUAAUACAAUAUUUUUCUUGUACAAUUAUUGACAGUAUUAAUCUUAUUUUUGUAUUUUCUUACAUGUUAUACCAUUACUGUACAUUAAUAUUCUUGUAGGCAUAUUACAGAAACAUUUUCCGCCUCCCAAUAUGUGAAAAAGCACAUUUUUUUCCUACAGUUGAACUACUCCAUCUAUCUAUAAAGGUUACCAAAUAUGCCAUGCUAAACACUAAAACAUUGUGUGAUGAGGCUGUUUUUUUGAGCCCUUGUUUCUUUGGUUUCUAUGGCAAUGGGCUGUAUUUAAAAGCCCAGAAUGUUAUCUUUCUGUGAUGUUUGGGGAUGCCAAUGUUGCCUGUAUUUAUGAAAUGACACCAUGUUUUCAGAAAACUAACAUACUUAACAUGUUUACAGAGAGUUGUUUUCUGUAUAUACAUAUAAAUAUAUAUCUUUUUAUAGUUAAUGUGCUUUGCACAAUCAAGAUAUAGGGUUUGUUGCUUUUUGUCUGUGUUAUCUCCUAAACUGUUGCAGCCUUUUCUAAAGACAUCAUUACAGACCUUGGGCUGUAACUGUUAGCUUCUCAGCUAUGUCAAAUGGUUUACUAGUGGCUUCAACAUAAGAAAAAAAGAUCAUAAAAAAUGUUGCCCUGAUUGAAGAUAUGAAGGGGGACUGCUUGGCUUAUGUUGCUUAUUGUUCUCUUGAGCUGGCAACUGAAUCUUUCCAAGUGUACCAGCAAUGCAAAAAAUGAAUAAAAAAUGACUAGCAAUUCAAAAAA